AUGGCCUCCAACCCCGCCUGCCUCUUCUGUCGCAUCAUCAAGCGCGAGAUCCCCUCCAAGAUCUUGUUCGAGACAGAGCACAGUUUUCUGGUUCAGGCUGCAUUAUCCUUCAUGGAAGAGUCCUUUUCAGAAUUUCCACACUUGGCUUUCCUCGACAUUGGACCUCUCAGCGAUGGACACACCGUUGUCAUCCCCAAACACCACGCCCAGUUCCUCCACGAGCUCCCUGACGCCGAGAUGGCUGACCUCCUCCCCACUGCCAAGAAAGUUGCCGUGGCCCUUGGAUGCAAGGAUUAUAACAUUUUGCAGAACAACGGACGUAUCGCCCACCAGGCCGUCGACCACGUUCAUUUCCAUGUCAUCCCCAAGCCCAACGAUGAGGAGGGAUUGGUCAUGGGAUGGAAGGUCAAGGAGACCAACGGUGACAAGUUGGAGGAGCUCCGCAAGCGAAUCCUCAAGCUCUAA